CGUAAACAAACAACAAGGAAGCUGGGCGGUUCAUCCAACACACGUGGCGGUUGGCACAGCAGUUGGGCUAAGAAGAGCAAGAGGAAGUAGAAAGCAUCACCAACAGCAUCAGCAGAGAAUGGAAACCAUUGACAUCCAUUCACGCUCGUUUGCUGUGAAAUGGAUCCACGUUCCUGACGGCUCUCAUGUGAUAUUUCAGCUAAAGCCCCUGAAGCGGUCCAUCAAGUUCAGCGUGUACCAGUCCACGGAGGACAAGGUGUCUCCGACGAUCUACGGCGCUACAGGGCUUGGUGAGAGCGGCAAUUCGUCAACCACGUCGUUGCAGCAGAUCAAGAGGAGCUCGUCGACGAGGUCGAUGCCGCUGGAUGAGCGGUUGCGCAACUCUCAGCUGGUUGAGGUGAAGAGCUACGGGAUGCUCCAGGGGAACCAGCUGUUCAAGGAGGAGUUGAAGCUGGACCACGGUGGGAUCUUUGCGUUUGUUUUUGAUAACACGUUUUCGAAGAGCUAUUCGAAGAAGGUGCUCUUCAACAAGUUCUUUGUUGAGAACAAGCCGGCGAUUAGAAGGUUAUCGACGUCGGCGUCUUCUGUGAACUUGCAGAGUCAAUUGCACCCACGGAACGGUCAGUACUUGCAAGGCUAUCUAUUGAAGAAGAAGAGGAAGAAACUUCAAGGAUUUACCAAGAGGUUCUUUGUGUUGAACUUCAAGUACAACACGCUGAGUUAUUAUCUCAAUGAAAACACUCAUAAGUUUAGAGGUGAAAUGCAGAUCAAUUUGUCCACUGUAUCUGCUUUCAAAGAGGACAAUACCAUAGUCAUUGACUCUGGUAUGGAGGUUUGGAUCUUGAAGACUUUGAACGAUCAAGAUUGGAGUAAUUGGAUCAAUGCCUUGGAUUUUAUAAAACUCAAUAGCACUGCAUCCCAGCCUCCACAACAACCCUCACAGUCUUCUGCCGAAAAUACUGAUACGUCCGCAAUGGCAAGUCCACAGUUCUUACCUUCUUCUUCAAAGGAAAAUGCUGACUUGUUUGCUAAAAUCGAGGAGGAAAAUGCCGAUGUCAAGGGUCACCACCCUGAGGAGUUUUCCAUCAUCAAUCAAAAAUUGGAUGAAUUACACAGUACACUUGCUCAUCUGGAGAGUACGAAAGACGACAAGGACAUUUCAGCCAUGAAAGAACAGCUACAAUCACUUUCCCUUUAUGUCAACUCAGUAUUGGAAUCCCAAGAUAUGAACAUAACGGUGUUAUCUCCAACUAAUUCUGUAUUUAGUGAUGAUUACUAUGAUGCCCACGAGACGCUUGAAUCAAAUGAAUAUGAUCAGUUGGAUAACCACGUUCUUGUUCUUCAAGGACAGAAAACUUCUUUGGACAGUAACAUAUCUGUUGAUGAUUUAUCAGAUGCUGAUGAAUCAGUGCUAGAAUUUGCUCCAAAGGCUGCAAUUACCGAGAGUGCUGCAUCAAGGGAUUUGAGUCCAUUACCAUUAGAAAAGAUAAAGAGAAGAAAUGAUGUUAAACCGUCAACAACAAAUCCUCCAAGUUUAUUUUCAUUCUUGAGGAAAAACGUUGGUAAGGAUUUGUCCACCAUAUCCAUGCCAGUUACUUAUAAUGAGCCUUUAACCAUUCUACAGAAAUUUUCCGAAAUGUUUGAACAUGGUGAUAUAUUGAACCAGGCUGCUACAGAGACCAAUCAAGAUUUAAGAACUUUAAAAGUUGCUGCAUUUGCUGUUGCGAAUCUAGGCUCAUUUAGAUCCAAACAGAGAAACAUGAGAAAGCCGUUUAAUCCAAUCUUGGGUGAAACCUAUGAACUUGUUGAUGAAAAUGUGGGAUUCAGAAUGAUUGGUGAGAAAGUUAGCCAUAAGCCACAGAUAUUUGCAUUCCACUGUGAAUCUUCACUUUGGGAGUUGUCCUUCAGUGUUUCUCCAGAUCAAAAGUUUUGGGGCAAAUCCAUCGAACUCGUGAACAACGGUACUUUGACUUUGGUGUUCAAAGCCACUGGUGAGAUUCUGAAAUGGUCACAACCAACGACGAUAGUUAAGAACAUCAUUGCUGGUGAUAGAUACACAGAGCCUUCGAACAACGUUAUAGUCACAAGCUCAUCGGGAAUGAAAUCUGUUGUCGAGUUCAAGAAACCCACCAGUGGUAUGUUUUCAACUCCACGUUGUGAAGAAGUCAAGAUUAAGGUUAUGGACAAGGCAGGAAAGAAAUCAGAAUACUAUGCUGAGGGCAAAUGGACCAAUGAAAUCACCAUAAAGAAGGGGAACGAUUCCAAGUUCAGUGAGACGAUUUAUGAAGCAUCUGAACUGCUACGGGACGAAUCUUCCAAAUGGGGGUUUUCGAUAUACGCAUCAAAUUUGAACCAGAUUACUCUUAUUGAAAAGGGUAAGAUCCCGUUUACUGAUUCAAGACUGAGACCAGACGUUAGAAUGUACGAAGACGGUGAUGUCGAUGGAGCAUCUGAGAUGAAAUUAGCCCUUGAACAAAGACAAAGAGACAGAAGAAAAGAAGUUGCAGAUGCUAAUCAAGUACAUGUCCCUUCAUUCUUUGCGAAAUCAAACAUAUCGGAUGAUUUGUCGUGGGAAUUGAUCAAAGGCUCAGCGAACUAUUGGGAAAGACGUAAAGUUGGCAACUGGGAUGGACUCACGGAGUUGUGGUGAUCUUCUCCCUUGUUCACUUUGUCUUUACUUAUACAAAUACAUGUUUAUAUGCCACACAACACGAUUGCUAUUAGAGAGCUAAAAUGGAUCUUCAUAUGGAUCUUCUUCAUCAUAAUCGUCAUCCUUUUCGAAUUCGUAGACGAUGGCUCCACCCGUCUCAAAGCUUUGCGCAUCAAGAUAAGGCAGUUCAACGUUUUCCCUUGCUUUUUGUUGCUUUGCUGAUGUUGUCAAGUUGAAAGUGGUCAAAUCCUUCAACAGCUCUUGAGAAUCAACGUGUUCUUGAGGUUUAUCAACUAUUGGUGAGUAUUCGUGUGUCAGCGUGUUUAUUUGAAACUUGUAAGACAAAGAACGGCCACUCUUUCGACGGUUGAUCAAGUUCAGCACAAAAGACUGUGUA